UGGCAGCGCGCAGGGAAGUUCCCGGGCCGGGCUGGGACCGGCCGAGAGCGGGUCCAUGGGCCGAGUCCUGCCGCGCUGCGGGGCGGCGAUGGGCCUGGCGCUGCUGGGGGCUGUAGCCCUGCGGGGGGGCCACUCGCGCCUGCACUCCAGGCGCAUAUUGGACACGGUGAUGUCGGAGCCCGGCUCGGGGCUGCCCUGGUACAGACGUGUUGUGUUCGUGGACGAUCAGGUCAACUACAUCUACACCAGCGAUACGCAGAGGGCACAGCCCGGCCCAGUGUGGAUGGCACAGAAGGAGGGUCCGGAGUUCUGGGACGAGAUGACCUGGUGGGCGCAGCGCUACCAGAAAUGGUACAACGCGAGUCUGAACACUCUGAGUCAGCUCUACAACCAGAGCAAGGGGUUUCACAUUAUCCAGACGAUGUUUGGAUGUGAUCUCCGGGAAGACGGCAUCAUUCAGGGGUUUUACCAGGAUUCAUAUGAUGGACGAGACUUUCUUACCUUCGAUAAGGAGACCAUGACAUGGGUAGCAGCAGAUAUUGGGGCUCAGAUCACCAAGAGGAGAUGGCAUGCUGAGGUAGAUGACAACCAAGGAUGGACACACUUCCUGGAGGAGACAUGUAUUUCCUGGCUGAGAAGUGCUCUAGAGUUCGGGAAGGAGACUCUACAGAGGAAAGUGCGCCCAACAGCUAGAGUGAGUGACAGGUCAUCUCAUGACGGCCUCACCACCCUCUCCUGUAAGGUCAGUGGGUUCUACCCCCGGGACAUCACCGUGAUCUGGCUGAAAAAUGGGGAGAACAGACAGCAAGAGACCUACUCUGAAGGCAUCCUACCCAGUGGGGAUGGGACCUACCAGACCUGGGUGACAAUGGAGAUUGAUCCCACGAUCAGAGCCCAUUAUUCAUGUUGGGUGGAGCAUGAAAGCCUGUUAGAGCCACUGUCCAUCUCCUGGGCCCCAAAGAACAGUCUGAUUCCCAUUGUGGCUGGAGUUAUCACUGCAGUUAUCCUGGUUGGUGUUAUAAUUGGAGUAGUCAUCUGGAAAAAGAAACGUCCAGGGAGGAAGGGAGAUGGCUACGCUGUAGCUCAGGCAGAUGACCAAGGAUCUAGUGGCUCUGACAUGACUGCCAAAGCUUAACCGAGCCUGUUGGAGUCUGUGCCACAACCUGAGGGGAUCCCAGAGAGGAAGAUUGAGGAGCUCUAGUUUGUCUCCCUACAAGAACCAAUCAGCCCCUCCCAAACUUUUCUCUGGCACUUGGAGUCUCCAGUGUGGGAUUUCUGGCCUCAUCUAUCUGCUCACUGGACCACAAAACUAUUACUGUUCAGAUGUAAUAGUUUUCUGUAAAAAUGUUUGAUUUACACAAAAUAAUUUCCAUAAUUUUAAUCGAUAAAAACUCUUAAUAAGAUUUUAGUAUUUGCUAG